AUGAUACUAUCUCCCGACUUUGGUUUGUUAGGUGCUGCCAAAUAUACAAGACAACCACUAACUGCAAAUCGUGGUCCUUCAAUCUUUGAAAUCCCCGAGAUUGUUCAUAAGAUUCUUAGUUAUGUGGAUAUACAAAAUACGGUUAUUCCUCAGGAGGAAACCCCAAUUCGGAGACAACCACUUAAUUACAAACAUGCAUUAUUAAUUCAUGGUGAUUCCAAAAAAGCAGAACAAUCAUUAGAAACUACUGAUUUAGAUUCAUCUAAGAAUUUCACCACUUCAAAAAACCCCCUAUUCAAUUGCUUAUUGGUAAAUAAGCUCUUCUACAAAGCUGCUAGUGAAAUUAUUUCUCAGAACUUUUACUUUAGUAAGCAGGAAAGUUUUGGGAAAUACUUACAUACCAUAGACCGUGCACAUACAGUUCAAUUCCAGCCAAAGUCCUUUGUUUUACAUAAAUUGUUCCAUGCUAAGCAACCAUGUUUAGAUAGAAUCCAGAUGACAAGAAUGAAUUUCCAAAAGUUGAAAUGGCUUGAACUUUACAUGUGCCCUAAACUUUUACCUCCUAUCAGAUUCAUUUUUGAGAGUUCGCAAACGUUGGAGAAAUUAGUCAUAACUGGGUCCAAAGUACUUGAUAACGACUUCCUCGUCACUUUAGGAAGAAACUGUCGUAAUUUGCAACAUUUAGAUAUUCGUGCUUGUGAACAAAUUUCAGAUUUUGGAAUCUACCAACUAUCAAUGUAUUGCCAUAAACUUCGUCUCAUAAACCUUGGUCGAAAAAAUAAAGGCAACUCCAUAACUGAUGCUUCUAUAAUUCCCCUUGUGAAAAGAAAUCCCCGAUUGAGCACCAUUGGGCUAGCUGGUUGUCACAUUAGUGAUGCUCUGAUUUUUGAAAUGGCAAGACAUUGCAGGAGGUUAGAAAGAUUGUCAUUAAACAAUUGCCCAAAUAUUUCCGAUAGCUCCAUAUCUACGGUUUUCAACUCGCAUGCUUCAUAUUUUCCAUUAUUAUCUGUACUCGAACUAAGAUUCAACUAUCAAUUGACUGAUUGGAAAGGAGUAAUUGAGUUCAAGAGAAGGCAAGAGCUGAAAAAUAUGAUUAUGUUAGUUGAAGUAUGUGAACAGUUGAUGUCUCGCAUGCGACAACAAGAAAUGGCUAUGGACCAGAUGGUAUCACAAAGGAUAUUUAGUGAUAUUCUGGUGUGGGUAAAUUCUCAUAGUGAAGAUGAAGAGCAAGAACUGAGCUAUUUAGAGUUGGUUAGAAGGAAAAGAGCCCUGGAUGUGUAG